AUGAACGACUCAUACCUGCAGUUUCUUAAAGGGCAGAAACCUGCAAACAGCACGUCUUUGCCUCCUAAUGACAGCACGGUUGAUCCUCCAGCAGGGGUGCUGUGCAAGCAGGUUCAGAUCCAAGCGGAGGUUUUUCUCACCUUGGGUAUUGUCAGUCUUCUGGAGAACAUCCUUGUCAUCUUGGCCGUGGUCAAAAACAAGAACCUUCACUCUCCGAUGUAUUUUUUCCUGUGCAGCCUGGCUGCUGCGGACAUGUUGGUGAGUGUAUCGAACUCUUUGGAGACCAUUGUCAUUGCUGUACUAAACAGUCGCCUUUUGGUGGCCAGUGACCAUUUUGUGCGUUUGAUGGACAAUGUGUUUGAUUCAAUGAUCUGCAUUUCUCUUGUGGCAUCAAUCUGCAACCUCUUGGCGAUUGCUGUCGACCGCUACGUCACGAUCUUCUACGCCUUACGCUACGACAGCAUAGUGACUGUACGCAGAGCA